UGAAAAUGAUGACGUUUUUGUCAUGAACUGUGCUGUGUUGUCACCAGCUGUUCGCAAGGCGAACGAAAAGUCGAUUGGAGUGGAAUAGCGUUAUUUGAAUGCUUGUCUUCUAAACAGACGAAUUUGAACAGGAAUUCUCAUUGGCCAGAGCUCCGGUGGAGAGGCGGGGCAAGUUGGCAUCAUGAAUGUGGGCACAGCACACAGCGAGGUGAACCCCAACACACGGGUGAUGAACAGCAGGGGCAUCUGGCUCUCCUACAUCUUGGGCAUCGGCUUGCUGCACGUCAUCCUGCUCAGCAUCCCCUUCGCUAGCGUGCCCAUGGUGUGGACGCUCACCAACCUCUUACACAACCUGUGCAUGUACCUCCUGCUGCACACCGUGAAAGGAACCCCGUUUGAGACCCCGGAUCAGGGCAAAGCUCGUCUCCUCACUCACUGGGAGCAGAUGGACUAUGGAAUGCAGUUCACAGCCUCGCGCAAGUUCCUCACCAUCAUCCCUAUCGUCCUAUACAUCCUCACCAGCUUCUACACCAAAUACGACCGGGUCCACUUCGUGGUCAACACUGUGUCCCUCCUCACCGUGCUCAUCCCCAAGCUCCCUCAGCUUCACGGCGUCCGCAUCUUCGGCAUCAAUAAGUAUUAACGGGGCGCAGAAGGACGUCCUGUUCCUCCCGAGUCCCCCCGCAGACUAGCACCACACAGAGCGCCACGCCCCUGCUUUGGCUUUGAGCCUGUUUGGGUCUUGCUGCUCUGGGUCUCCAGGCUGCUAAGCAGGCCUCCAGAUGAAGACCACCGGGGAUAGAGGGAUAGCAUAUACAGGAAACAGACAGAAUACACUCUGGACAAUUGCUGGGCUGGCUUCCCACAAUGUAGCUCCCCAAGCACACGUUGCCAUGGCGGUGUGUUUGUACUUCUUCGUUCUCCAGGGACAUUGAAAAAGAAGCUUCCAGAAAUAAGAAGAGUGAUGAUUUGUUUCGUUUUUGUUUGUUUUUU